CCCAAUUCACCCGGACUCACCGUCACCUCCCUCUGGUCGUAGCUUCAAAGAAUUCGGUAUUCUUAUUUCCAAUAUGGGACGUUGGGCAGAUCGGGAAUCAGACGCUGAGCGUUUGCCAGAAGGCUUCGAGAGGGUUGGAUACGAUGCGGAUACGCAAACUUACACAUUCCGGGACCGCGAAGGCAGGUACUACGAGUCUACUUCAGGAAACCGAUACGGUACGCUUCGUCCUAUAAACGGUGGUAACGCCGGAAGGCAGUCGUUCAGCUCCGAAGAAGAAUCGGAAACUGAGCCGAUGGGAUCGGGGUUCAAAGCCGGCGACGAAGAAGGUCUCAACGGCGACUCCGAACUUGCUGAAUGGCAGAUUGAAGCUCGACGGAAUCGGCGGGCAAGACGCCAAUUGGCGGGCAAGAAUCCCUUCGAAGACGGAAAUCGCCAGGCCGUGAAGAUGAUGCUCCCGUUCGUGCUCCUGGUGCUGGUCUUUCUCUUGGUCAUAUUCAAAUUCUUGAUGAGUGUCGGAGCUGAUGAGGCUGGCUCACAGAUUCAUUGUAAAGAGGGCUUUGAAAAAGUGGAAGUCCAGAGCGACGAAACCUGCUGGGCGAUCGCUAAAGCCCACGGGCUUUCGGUAGCAGAUCUGCUGACACUGGAGGGGAAUGAGGAGAUUGACUGCGCUGUUCUACAGGUAGGCCAGCAGAUGUGUGUGCCAAAUUAG